UUCCCGGCACUUGGAGCACGGCGUCCCCGGGCUGCGGGGAGGCCGGUGGGGGGAGCAGGGACCCCGGGCAGGGUGCAGCCUCCGGGUCGGGCAGCCUCUGCGGAGGCUGUGCUGUAACCCAGCGCACUGACGGCGCUCUGCAACCCCCCCGCCGCCGCUAAAUGCGUUCAGCAGCGAAAUGGUGGCUGCCGAGCUGAGGGCGAUGGCGUUCGCCUGCGCCUCGGCGGCCAGCCAGCGAGCCCCAUUGUGUGGCGUGCACUGAUGUCGGGAGCCUUUCAUCUGUCGCCCUCACACUCUGCCUGACGCUCCGGGCUCCGGGAAGAUGCACUGACGCUGGAGGCAGAGGCAGGGAGAGAGCGAGGGGCCGCCGUGUCCCUGCCCAGGCCGGCAGGAUGGGUCGGAGGGAGAUCGCCGCCGCUGCGUUCGGGGAGCCCCGGAAAUUUGAUCCGACAUUCAAGGGACCAAUUCAUAACAGGCAUUGCACAGACGUCCUCUGCUGUGUGUUAUUCAUCGUGGUAAUCCUUGGUUACAUAGCGCUGGGAGUGAUUGCUUGGGUCCACGGAGAUCCGAAGAAAGUGGUGUAUCCCACCGACAGCAGAGGCCAGUUCUGUGGGCAGAAGGGAAGCGUCAACGAGAACAAGACAAUUCUGUUCUACUUCAACAUCCUGAAAUGUGCGAGUCCUGUUGUACUCACCAGCCUCCAGUGCCCGACCAAGCAGCUCUGCGUUGAGAAAUGCCCAAAUCGCUUUGCCACCUACAUCGACAUGAAGUCAUUCUUUGGAGUGAACGGAACCUACUGGGAAUAUUACCGCCAGUUCUGCCAACCUGGCUUCAAUAACCCGAGAAAGUCUGCUGUCCAGGUGAUGCGAGAUGAAGAUUGUCCGUCUAUGAUCAUUCCCAGCCGACCGUUUCUCCGUCGAUGUUUCCCUGACUUCACCACCAAGAACGGGAUCCUGACAGUGGCCAACAAAACCACCUUCCGAGACGGCCACGGGAAGACACGGAAUGUGACAGAUCUCAGGGAUGCAGCCAACAAAGUGAAUCUGAUCCGGCACGGAUCCAAGAGGGGAAUAAAUUACGUCCUUGAUGCUCGGGAAGUUGGGAUGAAGAUAUUUGAAGACUACACCAACUCUUGGUACUGGAUUCUAAUCGGCCUGGUCAUCACCAUGGUGGUGAGCUUGUUGUUCAUCCUCCUGCUGCGGUUCACUGCCGGCAUCCUCUUCUGGUUUGUCAUCUUCGCCGUGAUCGGGGUCAUUGGCUAUGGGAUUUGGCAUUGCUACUGGGAGUACAGCAGCCUGAAGGGCAAGCCCGGCAGUGACAUCCCCAUCUACGACAUCGGCUUCCAGACCGACCUCAGGGUGUACCUUCAGCUCCGACAGACCUGGCUCGCGUUCAUGAUCUUGCUGUGUAUCCUGGAGCUCAUCAUCAUUCUGAUGCUGAUUUUCCUACGGAAAAGAAUUUGUAUCGCAAUCGCACUCCUCAGGGAAGGGAGCAAAGCCAUUGGAUAUAUCAUGUCCACCCUCUUCUACCCCAUCAUCACCUUCCUGCUCCUAGCCAUCUGUAUUUGCUAUUGGGCUGUCACAGCCAUAUUCCUGUCGACCUCUGGUGAGGCCGUGUACAAGGUGCUGGCCACUCAGGGCCAGUGUAAAUAUGCAAAUACAACGUGUAAUCCUGAGAUAUUCAACACCAGCAACAUCACCAAGCUGUGCCCGGGAGCACAAUGUGCCUUUGCUUUCUAUGGCGGAGAGACCGUUUACCACAAGUACAUCUUCAUCCUUCAGCUCUGCAACCUCUUUGUCUUCCUGUGGCUGGUGAACUUUGCCAUCGCGCUGGGCCAGUGCACCUUGGCUGGUGCCUUUGCUUCCUACUACUGGGCCUUCAAGAAGCCAUCAGACAUGCCAUCAUUUCCUCUGCUGGCCUCCUUUGGGCGCGCCUUGCGGUACCACACCGGGUCGCUGGCAUUCGGCUCCCUCAUCCUCGCCCUUGUCCAGUUAGUCAGAAUUAUCCUGGAAUAUCUAGACAACAAGCUGAAGGGGGCACAGAACAAGUUUGCCAAGUUCCUGCUGUGUUGUCUCAAAUGUUGCUUUUGGUGUUUGGAAAAAUUCAUCAAGUUUCUGAACAGAAAUGCCUACAUAAUGAUCGCCAUAUAUGGUAAAAACUUCUGCACCUCAGCAAAGGAAGCUUUCUUUCUGCUGAUGAGGAAUGUGGUGAGAGUGGCGGUGCUGGAUAAAGUGACAGAUUUCCUGCUGUUUCUGGGCAAACUCCUGAUAGUUGGUGGUGUGGGAGUUCUUGCCUUUUUCUUCUUCACACGGAGGAUAACUAUCAUCGCUGAGGAAGCUCCAUCGUUGAACUAUUACUGGGUCCCUCUGGCGACGGUGAUAUUCGGCUCCUACCUGAUAGCACACGGCUUCUUCAGCGUCUAUGCAAUGUGUGUGGACACCCUGUUCCUCUGCUUCUUGGAAGAUCUAGAGAGGAACGAUGGGUCGGAGGAGAGGCCGUACUUCAUGAGUAAAACGCUGAUGAAGAUUCUGAACAAGAGGAACCGUGAGGGUGAAGAGAUGAAGCAGAGCCGCUAACCUGGAGCUUCUCUGCAUUCACAUAGCGCCGACAAUAUCAGGAAAUGGUCCCAAGGAGUUUCACUGGAAUGUUCUCUAACCCUUGAUGUGUCCAAGUUACAUAUAACCAAAUUUCUGUGUUUUGGGAAGGUUGCAGGGAAGCCUCACUGGCGAGGGUUGGUUCCCAUGGUGACGGUGUGUGGGAGCCGGGGCCUGGAGUUCUUGGAGGAUGUGCCCCAUGUGGGCACCAGGCGGGUGCCACACUGCCCGCAGUGCUGUCUGUGGUCGGCAAAGCUCCCAAGCUCUGACCGCUUUCAUCUGCUGCCGCUGUGAGAACAUUGGAGAGGGUUUUUCGGGGAGUGACUGCUUGGGUAGCAGAUUAACGUGGACUGUGGCUCCACUCUACCCCCUCCCGAUUGGGUGGGGGGCCGAUUCAGCCCCUGGGGGAGGGAAUUCCAGGUGCCUCUCCCUCUGAGGGGAUAUUUCUUUACUAUAUUUCUUACUCAUUGGAAGACCAUUCUGCCCACAGAAAAUUCCUGUUACCAUUAACCACCACUCACCACUUACACCAACCCUACACCGAUCCCGUUUCAUUCUCCCCACAUUCCCACCAACUCCCCCCAGACUCUACCCCUCACCCACACACUGGGGGCAAUUUACAGUGGCCAAUUAACCCACCGACCCGCACGUCAUCGGGAUGUGGGAGGAAACCGGAGCACCCGGGGGAAACCCACACGGUCACAGGGAGAACGUGCAAACUUCACACGGCACCGGGGGUCGGGAUCGAACCUGGGUCUCUGGAGCUGUGAGGCAGUUUGCUGUUCUAGCCAGAGCAUCGUUCUGUGAACGGGGAGGGGGUUCCUCUGGGAGCAGUCUCCUGAUCGGGGCGGGUACUAAAUUUGCGGGUGCGGACCACACACCAUUAGAGGGACCAGUCCAGUUCUUGCCCCCUUCACUGGGCCGUGAUCAGGGGCAGAUUCUAAGCAGAGGGUGCCGUGACCUGGCACAUCUCUGACUGUUUUAUAUGGAUUAUUAACAGGGCCAUUCUAAUUGUACUGUUACUACACUGCAAACUGAUUAUCUGCAUGACGAUUUGAAGCUUUAUAUUCUAAUCCAUGUUUUCUGCUGUGCAGAAACCGGAGCGAUUUUGCUGUAAAAACCUUUGCGUGAUUAACUGGCAAUGUUUGGUAUUCGAUGCCUUGUAUUGUCUGUUACUAUCAGUCCUCUCACUUGGCCCAAUUUUAUUCAACAGCAGUUCAUUGAAAUAUUUGCAUUUAAUAAAAGUUUUUAAGUAACUUG